AGACUUCUUUGACGAGCUGAAGAUGGCUGAUGAAGAAAAAACCCUAAUUGAGAUAUUGGAGGAGUUUACCCCUAUUGACGUUGCCAAAUACAUGAAUUUUGUCCAUAGCUCGAAGUCUGGUGCAAUUGCUACCUUCUCUGGUACAACACGAGACACCUUUGAAGGUAAAACUGUCGUAGAACUACGGUAUGAAGCAUAUGUACCGAUGGUGAUACGCAGCGUUAAAUCUAUCUGUUUGUCUGCUCGAUCAUCAUGGUCUCUUGAUUCCAUUGCUGUCGCUCAUCGUCUGGGACCAGUUCCUGUAGGAGAAACAAGUAUUUUCAUUGCAAUAUCAGCAGUCCAUAGAGUUGAUGCCUUGGAUGCAUGCAAGUAUCUGAUCGAUGAGAUAAAGGCAUUGGUUCCAAUUUGGAAGAAAGAGGUCUAUUCAAAUGGAGAAGUUUGGAAGGAGAAUUCAGAGUUUUUAGAGAGGAGAUCAGAGAUUGGGACUCUACCGGAUCUUGGUAGUGGGUGUUGCCGGGUUAAGGUUAAAGUAGAGGAACAGAACACCAAGAACUGUUGUGGAAGUAAGGUUAAAGUGGGAGCCAAUGGAGCUCCUGAGCAUGUUGGUACAAAUAAUGGAGAUAUUGAAGAGAAUGGAUGAUGCUAUAUCGACAUGUUUCAAGAUUUGUUUUGCUGUAUAAAUAUCAUCGAAGCCUCAGUUUUCU